UACGGGGCCUAACUUGGCAAGGAGAAGACCUCUCCCAAUUCCUAAAAGUUUACCAGAUGACCCUGAUUAUUCUUUGCUUGAUAACUACAAUUUGAUCUAUCAGUAACAUGAAUGGCAGCGGCGCGGGUGGUCACGGGCUGCCAGGCCAUGCCGCGUGGAGCUUGCGGCCGGCUCGCCUCAGCGCUGCGGGGGACACGCGCACAGCCGCCCGCGGUCGCCCAGAGGUGUGUGCACGCGUCCGUGUCACGGCCGUCCCCAGACCAGAGCGAGCGGACGCGGGAACCGCCCCGCGUCUUCGACCCAGCGCUGCUGGAGUUCCUGGUGUGCCCGCUCUCCAAGAAGCCGCUCCGAUAUGAAGCAUCGACAAAUGAACUGAUUAACAAAGAGUUAGGAAUAGCCUAUCCAAUUAUUGAUGGGAUUCCUAAUAUGAUACCACAGGCAGCUAGGAUGACACAUCAAAAUAAGAAGCAAGAAGAAACGGAGCAGCAUUAGAUCAUACGUAAAAACGACCACACACACAACUGAAUUUUCUAAAUACCAUCCACCUUUUAAAAAGUCAGAGUGGCGGGUAAUAAGUGGAGAGGAAGAAUGUUUCUGUCUCUUCCUACGUUGACUGUCCUUAUU